ACAAACCUGAUAUAAAAAAAAACCCUUAAAUCCCAACCCUAAAUCUCUCUCAACUCUCAAGUCUACUGCCGCCCUCCCCUCCCCCAUUCGGCCUCUCCGUCACUCGUCUGUUACACUCGUCUGUUACAACCGUGCGCCUCUCGCCGAUCGUUCCUCUGCUCCACGCUGUCAACGUCGUCCGAUUCCUGCGUCCGCUGGUCUGCUUGCUUCUUUGCUCUUCUCCGCCGCUUCCUCUGCUCCAGUCUUGCCGUCCGGUGCUGCUCCUCGCCGCGUCCUCAGUCACUGCAUGAUAAUCUUUUGAAGGAAGAGGUAUUUUAUUUUAUCAUAUAAUUAAGCUAGUAAUUACUUAGUGAAUCUCCACCAUCUUCGGCUUGUCCUAAGCUUAAAGGAUGGCAGAAGAAGAGGGAUGAUUCGACAACACUUGAGCUACUCCAAUUUCCUUGUCUUCCAAAUUUCUAUUGUAAUAACUGCCCGAAUUUGACCUCCAUCCCUCAGUUUCCAUCUCUCGAUCAAUCACUACAUUUGCAGAAAGCAAGCCCACAACUUGUGCACCAAAUAUUCACACCAUCAAUCUCUUCUUCUUCCUCAAUCUUCCUCCUCUCUCUAAAUUGAAGCACCUUUGGAUUGUGAACAUUGAAGAGCUCGAAUCCCUACCUCCAGAUGGACUGCGAAAUCUCACUUGUCUUCAAGAAUUAAGUUUUUGGUCUUGCCCGGCAUUGAAGUGUCUACCUCAAGAUUGCAUUCCCUCACCUCUUUACGAAUGUUGGAUAUCCGGGACUGUCCCCAAUUGAAGAACAGAUGUGGAAAUAAAAAGGGUGAGGAUUGGGAAUUCAAUUCACACAUCCAAAAUAUUGAAGCAGAAGAAAGCUCUUCUUAAUGGAAGGGGCAAUCUGGCACACUAUACACAGUUACUACAUGGGCUGAAAUUCAAGCCUUCAUUUCGGGAUGGUAGCCUUUAGAAUCAUUCUUUUUUUUCUUCUUCUUCACGCUCUCUUCUGCAAGUAGGAACAAAUGAAGGAAUCAUUCAUAUAUGAUGAGCACAUACAAAUCAGUGGCAAAUUUUAUCAAGGGCCACAGAAUUUCUUCCAUUUUGCUUUUGUUUCUCUUUGCAGGGUCAUCCAUUUUGCUGGCUGGGUAAUUCUUUGAACUGGGCAUUGAGAGGCUAUAGGAACCAUGGCAGGCAUUAUAAGAAAGUUGCUAUGAAUUAGUCCAUAAGAAAAUUUCAGAUCUAUGUACUGGUAGUGCUAUGUACUUUUGAUAUUCAGAUGCUAUAUAGCAAUUUGGAUAUGAUAAUAUGUGAAUUUUUGUGAGGUCAGUACUAAAGGAAUUCAGAAUCUUCUGGCAAAUUGCUUGUAUCCUGCGGCUCUCUUUUGGGUAUUAAGAAAAAUAAGAAAUUGAUUCAUUGAUGAAGCUUUUUCCGUCUAUAUAGAAAAAUCGUUUUUGAAAGAUUUUGUUGAUAUGAUCUACAGAAAUACCAUUUUUACACUGCUUGGACGUGGGCCUGUGUAUGUACCUUGUGAUUUUACCUUUUCUUUUUAAAUUUGACUUUUGAAAUCUAAAGCAUUUGUGAAAAAUGUUUUUCAUACUGUGAAUAGAGAUGUAAAUGGUAGAGUACCGACCAAAAUUAAAUUAUCUGAACUGAACUUAAUUUAGAGGAGGGUUGGUAUCUACUGGAUGAUGAAGCUUCGGUAAGUUGGUGCUUUUUCUUUCCAAUUUGCAAAUUGAACUUAUAUGAGAAAAUCUUCACUCUAUGAUUCUAUUUACACAGAUCAAUGAAGGAUAAGUUUUCUUUUAAAUGCUUAUGGUUGCAGGCUUUUAGGGGGAGCCAAGAGCCAGCUGUUAAUAAGCUCAAGGAGCCCAUUUUAGAUGAAAUUACAGCUGCACUAGUGAGCCGUUUUGAGCUUAAUUUUACAAGACAGGACACUGCUUCUAUGUGGUUUCUCUGUAAGCAGGUAGAGGAGAAUAUGCGAUUAAGGACUGAACUUCAGAAAAAAAUUCAGGAACUUGAAAAAUACGUACUAAAACUGGAGAAUAUGGACAAAACCAGGCAUUGGAAAAUCGUGGGCUGUAGCGCAUACACAGGGGAGGGGCUGCUUGAGGGAUUUGAUUGGUUGGUUCAAGACAUGAUGAUACCUUAGGAUCUAGUCAACAUUAAGCAAUAGAGUUAGGUUUUUUUUAUUGGCCCUCUCAGAGAACUGAUUAACGUCCAUUUGUACUGUUUUAUUAACUAUCUUAUUGUUGUGGAAUUUAGUCAAGCUGUGAAUUCGACAAAAAAAAAAAAGUCAAGCUGUGAAACUUUUUGGGUCAAUAGUAUUAUUAAAACUUUCAAUGGGAAGUUUGGGUCAAUAUUAGUGACUAAUCAGCCAUAAAAGUAA